AAUGACAUCCCUCCGCUGCAGUCAGGUGACAUGUUAUUGAUUCAGUGCACACGCUGGCUAAAAUCUUUAUGGUUAUGAAAUACAGACUAAUGAUUUAAUAAGGUGAUGGAGGUUGGUACACAGCAGCUAAAGAGGGAUUGAUUUGUGACUGACUGAGUAGGCUAGUGCCCCUAUGCCCCGCUGUGCCAGUGGGAUACAUCAAAUGUGAUUUUAGCAGAUGCUCACCUGGCUGUGCUGUCAUUUAGUUUUUUAAUUAACACACGACUUUCUAUUCGAAUACAUUCAGGCUGUAAACCCAGCCCCAUAUCUCUCAUGUUCGAGCUUAUGCUAUUUGUCCGUUAUACACGGACACAAGUCUAAAGACAAGGCCUCAGGUGAAUAACCGGGAGGAGAGGAGAGCGCUUUAACCCCUGACCAUCUGGAGCAAUCGCAGUAGAAUUGGAACGAUGGCUGGAGGGCGUAUUCCUGACGGCGUCUACAAUCUAUAACAUAUGUUUUGAUGCUGGUACGCGCGCCGCCUCUUCCUCAGUGCACUGACUGAACAACGCGACAAUAGCCUAAACGGUGUGUGCUUUCGGCUCCAUCGUCUCUGUUGGUUAUCUAUUCAUCCACGGCUCUGAAUCUGGCAGACCUGCACAGGACAUGGUGUUUUGUAUGGAAUUAGGCCUAUCAGUGUCAUCUGUCUGAGAGUCGGGAGAGAGAGAGAAAUAUAGAGAGAAAUAGAGAGAGAGAGAGAGAGAGAGAGAGAGAGCGAGAGCGCAAAGGAAUCCUUGGCAUACACACACGUCGGUGUCUCGAUGUGAUUUUGAGUGACUGGCUGCAUUCUUGUGGAGACGAGCGGAACGGAUAAACCUAUUUUCAUCGUCUCACCCAUUUGCGCGGAUAGCGGCUGGUGCAUGCCCGUCUGGGUUGAGCAUCUAACAGCGUCUCUUUCUGCUGGAGCUUGGCUGAUCCGAGCUGUCCUUGGUCGGGCGUGGAGGGAGCCGAGAUGAGCGCCUUUCGGAGGGGUAGCUGGGUGUCUCUGUUGGAGUUGUGUUGGAUAUUAAUGGGACUGUGGAGGCUCGGGGCCGCCUGCCCUGCGUCCUGCUCCUGCAGCGGGACCAAGAUCGCCUGUGUGGACCAGGAGCGGGGCAUCAUGGCUUUCCCAGUGCUGCAGUCUGAGCUGGAGAUGGACAACAUCACGGACAUAUAUAUUGCAAAUCAGAGUAGCUUCUCAUCCAUCAAUGACAAAGACCUGCAUUAUUACCGGAACCUCACGAAUCUAACUGUGACUAACAGCAGGCUUACCUAUGUGUCUCGACUGGCUUUCCAGAACAACCUCAAACUUCAGUAUCUGAAUCUGAAAGAUAACAACUUGUCAUCUCUGUAUUGGAGGAUAUUUCGACAUUUAAACAUAUCAAAUCUGAUUCUUUCAGGGAACCCGCUGCACUGUUCCUGUGAGAACAUGUGGAUGAAGCUGUGGCUGGGAGAGGAGGCUGAUGCUCAGGAGCUCAAAUGUAUAGAGGAGGGUGGUGGGAGGAAACCUCUCACCAGGCUCAACCCCCCUCACUGUGUGGUUCCCAUGGCGACUCUGAGCCCAUCCAAGGUGACGGUGCAGGAGGGUGCUGAUGUGGUGUUGACAUGCAACACCUCUGGAGCGCCCUCUCCUGAGCUCAUCUGGAACAUGAUCCCACUCGUCUCCUACAAUGAGAUUGAGGCCUCAGGGCAGGUGUCUGAGCUCCAUCUCUAUAACCUCUCCUCACUGGACAACAACUGUAAGAUCACCUGCAGCGCUGAGAACAUUGUGGGCGAGAAUGAGUCCUCAGUCUUCCUCGACAUCCUCUUUCCCCCUAACAUCAGUAAAUUGAGUGAUGCCUACUCAGACCACCACUGGUGCAUCCCAUUCAGUAUGUCUGGGAACCCAAAACCUGAUCUCCGCUGGCUGUUAAACGGGGAGCCGGUAAAUGAGGGACCCUACAUCAUGACUAUGAUCCAUGACUUCUCUGAGAGGGAGUUCCACGGCUGCCUGCAGCUGGACAGCCCCACACACAUCAACAACGGACCGUACACCCUGCUGGCCAGCAACAAGUACGGACAGGACCGCAAGACCGUCGAGGCUCACUUCAUGCUUGACCCCUUUGAUGGAGGAACAGUGACAGAACCACUUUACUAUGACCCAACUACAGAGGACACACCUCUAGAGCCACCAGAAGACAGAGUUGCUGUAUAUGUGGUCGUAGGGAUUGCAGCAGUAGCCUUCAUGGGUUUUCUAUUGAUGCUGGUCAUCUUGAAAUUCGGGGGAAACUCAAAGUUUGGAAUCAAAGGUGCGUCAUCGGUGAUCAGUAAUGAUGACGACUCGGCUUCUCCUCUCCACCACGUGUCCAAUGGCAGUAACACUCCGUCCUCCUCUGAGAUGGGCCUAGACGCAGUCAUCAUCGGCAUGACCAAGAUCCCCGUUAUCGAGAACCCUCAGUACUUCCGCAGCAACAGCAUGCUCAAAUCAGACACCUUUGUCCAGCACAUCAAGAGACACAACAUAGUGCUGAAGAGGGAGUUGGGAGAGGGGGCGUUUGGGAAGGUUUUCCUGGCUGAGUGCUAUAACCUGUCUCCUGAGCUCGAAAAGAUCCUGGUAGCCGUCAAGACCCUGAAAGAGGCUAGUGAGAAUGCAAGGAAGGACUUCCACCGGGAGGCCGAGUUGCUGACCAACCUGCAGCACCAGCACAUUGUUACGUUCUACGGUGUGUGUGUGGAGAGCGACCCCCUCAUCAUGGUUUUUGAGUAUAUGAAGCACGGGGACCUCAACAAGUUCCUCAGGGCUCACGGUCCCGACUCCGUGAUGAUGGGUGACGGUCCGACCAAUAGGCCCGUGGUGUUGACCCAGUCCCAGAUGCUGCACAUCGCCCAGCAGAUUGCUGCAGGCAUGGUCUACCUGGCCUCCCAGCACUUUGUCCACCGAGACCUGGCCACACGUAACUGUCUGGUGGGAGAGAACCUGCUGGUGAAGAUCGGUGACUUCGGCAUGUCCCGAGAUGUGUACAGCACGGACUACUACAGGGUAAGUGUGGGGGGUCACACCAUGCUGCCCAUCCGCUGGAUGCCUCCAGAGAGCAUCAUGUACAGGAAGUUCACCACGGAGAGUGACGUGUGGAGUCUGGGCGUGGUCCUCUGGGAGAUCUUCACCUACGGCAAACAGCCCUGGUACCAGCUCUCCAACAACGAGGUGAUUGAGUGUAUUACACAGGGGCGUGUCCUGCAGCGGCCUCGCACCUGUCCCAAAGAGGUGUACGACCUGAUGCUGGGGUGCUGGCAGAGGGAACCCCACAUGAGACACCACAUCAAGGAUAUCCACAGCUUACUGCUCAACCUAGCCAAGGCCUCUCCUGUCUACCUGGACAUCCUUGGCUGAGAGAGAGAGAGUGUGUGUGUGUGCGCAUGGUUGAGUGUGUGUUUGAAGCUACGAUCAAACUCUUUAAGGCAAUCAGAAGAUUCCCCAACUAUUCCCUUGUGCCCUACCCUACCCUCCCCCCUUCCCUCUCUCUCAUACUUUCUUCCUACUUCUACUCUGUCAUGCAUCUCUUUACCCACCAUCUAUUUUCUUCCUACUCAAGAGACAUUAAGAAUGGUUUGCAGUGGGAAGGCUUCUCCCAUUUCUUCAAAGGCUUUUUAACGGCGCCUAAAUGGUCUACUGUAAAUGGCUAAGAGGGCUGUACUAUAGUAUAUACGAGCAGGCAGUGGGAGGUGCCAUUUGGUCCAAUUGGUUUCUGGAAACUCCAUCCUUCUGUAAAUAAAACCCCUGGAGUCCAGAAGAGGUGCCUCCACUGCAGAUGGGUGAUUUUGUCUCUGUACAUACUGGACAUACAGCUACCAGACCCCAGCGAUGUCCUGAAAAGACUUGAGAUGCAUUGCACCAUCUGAGGAGACAUAGAAGCAACCAGACUAUUAUUUCCCCUCAUGUCAACAAGGCAUGACAUAAGACAUUUCCCCUCAUGCUGACAAACAACAACAAAUGAAAUGCUAUAACUAAGUGGUAUUCAAAGUCAGGGCAACAAAUGGGGGUUAGGGGGACCAAAAAAUUAAGAGCACAGAUUAUUGUAUGGGACAAUAUAAGAUCAUUUGAAAAACAUUUUAUUCAGUAUAUUUAUUUAUUUGUUUCUUUUCAUUUUGGUAAGAUAUGAAAAUGCAAUGAAUUUAAUGUUAAUUGUGAAUGUAAAAAUUCUAUGAUUUUAAGGUUGUGUCAUAAAAUUUUGGGUGGGGUUGUGAGAAAUUCUUGGGGGAAAAAAUGGGAUCCUCAUAAAUUCUGAUGAAAAAAUGGGGUCCCCACUAAAAAUGUUCUAACUGAGAAAGAGAGUUUGGGCGGGGUCUGUGUGAGAUGGUCCUUUCAUUGUUAGUGGUGAGGAUCUCUGUUUAGGCGUGGUUGGGUCAACUGUGGUAGAAUCAUGACACACACACACACACACACACACACACACACACACAUCUCCACCCCCUAC